CAGCCAAUCAGCGUUGAGACCUUCACCGGAAGGAGGUGUCUCCCGGAGCAACCAACCGGACCACGGUCUUGAGUUCGGUGGCAGGAAAGGCCAUGAGUAAAAGCCGGGCCGAGGCUGCAGCCGGAGCCCCCGGGAUCAUCCUGAGGUACCUGCAGGAACAAAACCGGCCCUACAGCGCCCAGGACGUGUUCGGAAACCUGCAGAAGGAGCAUGGAGUGGGCAAGGCGGCCGUGGUGAAGGCUCUGGAUCAGCUGGCCCAGCAAGGCAAGAUCAAAGAGAAGACGUAUGGCAAGCAGAAAAUUUAUUUUGCCGAUCAGGACCAGUUUGACACAGUGAAUGAUGCUGACCUCCACAGCCUGGAUGCCAAAAUUGUGGCCCUCACUGCCAAGGUGCAGGGUCUACAGCAGAGCUGCCGCCACAUGGAGGCUGAGCUGAAGGAAUUAACAAGUGCGCUGACCACUCCAGAGAUGCAGAAAGAGAUCCAGGAGUUAAAGAAGGAAUGUGCUCACUAUACAGAGAGACUGGGGAACAUCAGAGCAGCCACCAACCACGUCACGCCAGAAGAGAAAGAGGAGGUGUACAAAGAAAGGCAGAAGUAUUGUAAAGAGUGGAGGAAGCGGAAGAGAAUGACCACCGAGCUGUGUGAUGCGAUCCUCGAAGGAUACCCCAAGAGCAAGAAACAGUUCUUUGAGGAAGUUGGGAUAGAGACAGAUGAAGAUCAUAAUGUCAGGCUCCCAGACCCCUGAGGGGCCCUUGGGGACUGGGAGCAGAUGUCCUGGGCUGGCUGCCUUGUUGAGGAGGCCUUCUAACUGUUCUCGCUGCUCUCCACCGUGAGUGGUAGGGAGGGAAGUACAGAGCUGGUGAUCAGAAAGAGAUGGUCAUGUCCGUUUUGUUGUCCAUGUCACAAAGGCCUCCACAAGGACUUCACAACCUUCAAGGAAAGUAUCUGGAAUAUUUAUUGUAAUAUAAUUUGAUAUAAAAAUACUUAAUUUCCUCUGGA